AUGGGCAGCCGGCCCCGCAGCCCCAGCGCCUACCUCGCGCCCUGCCCCGGACCGUCGUCCGGAGGACCCGGCCCUGCCAAGCGUCGCCGAACCGAGGAGCCUGCGAACCCGGAAGGCCUGGAGGGGCUGCCAAUCGCCGGCGCCCUCACCUCCACGGUGGUUCUGGCCGAGGGCUGUGCCCUGCAAGUUCUCCUGGACGACGUCGCCCUGGUGCUGGAGCCCGAGCCAACGUCGGCCCUGGAAGUGUCUGUCGGAGAGUUCACCCUCCUGCUGGUCCCCGAGGCCCUCCUGCGCUCAGGAGGACAGGGCCCCUCGCCUGCCCAGGAACCCCGCGUUUUCCUGGACGUGCCGGGGCACGACGUCGCCGUGCAGCAAGGAUUCUUCCGCGCAUCGGUCCCACAGAUGGCCCCGCAAGAAGAGGUCUACGAGGAAGACGCGGACCCCGAGUUCCUGCAGCCUGGUAUGAACCCUGCACCCGGCCCCGUCGCCGGAUUCCGUCCCUGCGCGGGCCCCUACCUGCUGGGCCCG